AAUGGCAGAUCAAUCAUAAGCAGAAUAUUUGAACUUAAAAGUUAAAUCAUAAGAUGGUGAGGAGGUUUUCUUUAAAAUCAAAAAAUAAACAUAAUUUAAGAAGUUGAUGGAUGCCUAUUGUUCUAGGCAAAAUGUAUUAUGAAGUGAUUAAUUUAGCUCCAAAUCUAAAAUGUUAGAUUUUUAUUUGAUGGAGAAAGAAUUUUAGAAACCUAAACACCAGCAGAUGUAUAAUAUAUAUCUCUAUUUAUUAGAUUGGAAUGGAAACUGGAGAUGAGAUUGAUGUUGUAAUUGAAUAAGUAGGUGGAUGGAAAAUAAUGUGAAA